AUGGAAAUGGCUGAAGGUAAGAUUACACCUGCAGGCAAAUCAGGCCAACUCCUGGAAAAAAUCUGGCACCUGAACUUGCUGGCCAGAGAUGUGUUUCUGAAAAGUGACCUGGAUAAUGAACGUAUAAUGGAGUAUGUGCUUAGACUGAUCUCUUUAACAAAAGCGCUGAGCAGAUCUCUCAGCCAGCAGCUGGAGAACAUUACGGAAAGUAUUCAAGACACCUGCCACUUGCUGAGUGCUCUCCAUGACAAACACAAGGAAUUUACUCCAAGUCCAGAGUACAAUGAAAUUAUAGAUUGUCUGCAGAAAGUGAAGGAUUGUUUGAUUAAUACAGUCUCACGCCUUCAAGAGGCAGAAAAGAAACUUUAUGCUACUAGCUGCAGACAAGAUGAUGAUUCUCAGAUCCAGACUGCUCAAAAUGCUUCUAGAGAAACAGAUGUGUGUUGUUUUGAAGAAGAAGCAAAAGAGACUGUGCAAGCAUCUUCUAGUCCCAGUCAGCAAUCCCAAAGAAUUCCUACCUUGAACAAGAUGGAAAAUCAGAAUGUUAAUCAAAUCCAGCCAAGUGAAACUAAAACUGUGGAAAAAGAUGUCGUUCCAUCAUUAGCUGAAAACGUAUCUGCUCAAAAACAGGAUGUUAGCAGAGAACCUCCAAUGCAAAAGGAAGAUAGUGAACACAGACUACUAAUGAACUCUGUUACAGAGAAAAACAAUUGCAAUAGAAAGGACAAACCUCAUGGAGGUAGCUCUGUUACUGAAAAGUCUCCAGAACUGGCUUUUCAAGAUGCUCUUACGAGCAGUGGGGAAUGCAUUCUAUCUGGGACACUGAAAGACAUUUAUGACAGAACGGUCAAGAACCUUUUUGAACAGGAAAAAAAGGCAGUAGUCAAAGAAUCUUCAAAAGGGGUAGAAAAUGAAGAACAUAGACUGACAGAGCAAAUGGAACACAGUAAAAUGGAAACAAAUCAUGAGAUUUGUAGGAAUGACCUAAUUACCUUCACAUCUUCAGCACAAAAGUGUGAUCUUACUGCUGUGAGUCCUUCUAUGAAUGAUUCAGAAGAAGUACAAAAAUCUGGACAAAACUGGAUGAACAAAAAAUUUCUAGUGGAAGAGAAUGGUAAGAAUAAACAUGAAGUAGCUUGUUUUAUUAAAGGCCCUGCAACUGCUCUGGAGAAUCUGAAGUGUAAGAUGGUCAAUGACACUAGUUCCUUGGUGGUGGAUGAUUCUGAGGAGCUGGUCAGCAAUGUCAUCAGUAUUGAAUGCUCUGAUUAUAAGAAAACAAUCCCUUUCCCUAUCAACAUUGCAAUCCCAUUUACUUCGUGCUUCAGAGGAAAUUAUCGGGAGAUUAUGGUGAAGGUGACUGAUGCGAACUUUCAGUCAAACUACUUAACUCCUGUUUCUUUGGAGGCAUACCAAGGAAACCAUAAGGAAACCUUUGCAGAAGUGAAGAUUUAUCAGCUGGGUGUUUUUUCUGUGUUGUCAUGCUUAAAGAAACAAACAUUUACUGUUCCAAAGGCAGGACUCUCACAAAAGCUGAGCAUGGAUUCUAGAAUCUCUUUCUGUUACCGUCCAGAAACAUUCAGUUCUGCAGCACCCAUGCAGUUAAAGAUUCAGCCAAUUGAGCCAUCAUUGAUUUCGACAUUGAAAGCAAGACAUGAUAUGUAUCACUCAGUGGUAUCUACUAGUGCACUAGUUUAUGUCCAGCAUCCUUCAGCCCAACCAUUUAACAGCUCAGUCACUAUUACUCUACCCUGUCCUCCAAACGCAGAAAAAAAAAGGCAAGGAGACGAGAAAGAACAUGCAAGAGCCAUCAGUGCUACAGUAAAGAGAGUUGCUACAGCAUACCAUCCUUGGGCUGUGAGUACUUCUGUGAGAAAAAAUGGGGAGAAUCUCAGUGAUACUUUGAAAUUAUUAGGUCACAGAAACAAAGAAGAAGGGUGGAAGGUGUUUGAUAAUGUUAUUAUCCAGAAUGCACAGAAUGGGCUUGUAUCAUUUGAACUAAAUGAUCAUUUAGAAAGGUUUGUGGUCAUUCGCCUUUCAUUCCUUUUGGAAAACACAUACCUUCUCCUCUUUGUUCAGGCUCUGGAAGAAGCUCUUUGUAGCACAAUGGCUAAUGUGGUACUGUAUCGGAAAAGAGAAAACCCAUAUAAUAUAGUAGUUUUGCUAUCUGCAUCCAAAGAAUUGACCUGCAAACUUCAAAAUCUCCAUGAGGAGGGCUACUUUGGUCCCCCAGAACCUACGCAGCAGUUCCCAUUAAGAGAAGGAGAGCAGAUUCAUUUUAGAUUUAGAGGAAAUAUUUUUGCCUCAGAGAAUGGAAAAGAUUUUGGAAAAGUCUACAGGCUGAUUUUUCAUUCACAAAGAAAACCUAGGCUGGAGCUUCAAAUUAAAGAAGUGGAUGAAUUUGGUAACCACAGUUCACCUCAUUACAAAGGAACAGCAGUGUUUUAUAAAAUUACCAGAGAGAUGAUAACCAAGAAAUGGGAACAACCCUUGCCAAAUGGUGAAUAUCAACACCAGUCUCCAUUGUGUAAAUUAGCGCUAACGUUACCAAAGGUGGAAGUCACUGAUGGAGCAGUUCUGAUCCAUCAGCAAUGUACAAGCCCUCAGAAUUUUUCUUGGCAGAUAAGAGACCCUCAUCCAAGCAUGAUCAUGGAAAAAAAAUGUUUAGCAGAAGUUUCUCACCAAUUUGCUCUCCCCAAAUG